AAUUACCAAUGAGGAUUAAGGUAUCAUUUGUAAAAGAAACGUCAUUUACUUCCAUUUUGCUUCGUGUACAAAGCAGUCAACGUAAAUAUCUCAAUAUUUACACAACAUAUUGUUGUGAAAGACAAUUUCAUAAAAAGAUUAAAACUGGUGGUGUUAUUAAAAAAUGUUCUUAUGGGAUUGGUUUACUGGUAUUUUAAACUUCCUGGGUUUAUAUAAAAAGUCGGGAAAGUUGGUAUUUUUAGGUUUAGAUAAUGCAGGAAAAACUACUUUACUACAUAUGUUAAAAGAUGACAGAAUGGCACAGCAUGUUCCAACAUUACACCCUACAUCUGAAGAACUAUCUAUGGGUGGUAUGAGAUUUACAACUUUUGACCUUGGAGGUCAUCAACAAGCACGUAGGGUAUGGAAAGAUUAUUUCCCAGCAGUAGAUGGUAUUGUAUUCCUUAUUGAUGUCUGUGAUAGAGAACGAUUUGUGGAAGCUAAAGCUGAAUUAGAUAGUUUACUGACAGAUGAACAGGUUGCCAAUGCCCCAUGUUUAGUUUUAGGUAAUAAAAUUGAUAAAGCUGGUGCCGCUAGUGAAGAUGAAAUAAGACAUUGGUUUGGACUCCAUGGACAGACGACAGGAAGGGGUACAGUUGCAAGAAGUGAGUUACCUGGCAGGCCUUUAGAACUGUUUAUGUGUAGUGUAUUAAAACGUCAGGGAUAUGGUGAAGGUUUCCGAUGGAUGGCACAAUAUAUUAAUUAAAUCAUCAUUGGAUGAAUGAGAUGGAUGCAUGUUGUAAGAAAGGACGUCACCAAACCUCAUUUUCAGACAGAAUUUUAUACAAAUUGUAUAUUUUGUUAACACUUAAUGUACAGAUAAUAAUAUAAGAUUAUUAGAAUAACAAAAGAACACAAUCAAGGGUUGUUUAUAGUAUAAUUAUUUUGCAAUGUUCAAUUUAAGUAUGAUCCAUCCUGAAGUAGUUAGUUGAAGAAGACCAAGACUAUAGCUGGUAAUUUUUUUAUGGUAAAAGCUUUAAUCUCAUAGUCAGGAUGAGUAAAAGCUACUGUUGAAUAUCGUUAAUAGUGACAACUUUUUUGAAGAAAAAUAAAACAUGAUGUACUGUAUAAGAAGUAAAGUUGUAGUGUGUUACUCAGAAAUUUGAUAGCAUGCUACUUGUACUAAAAUAGUGUUAUAAUAAUAAAAUUCUUGAUAGACAUUGAAUGAUGCAUUUAUUAUUAUGAAAAAUGUUUAAACAUCAGAUUCAUUAAACUUGUAACAAAACAUAUGACGAGCAAUCAAAAACAUUGUUCCUGGUGACUUUUUGAUCCCUUGCUUGGUCAAUGGAGGCAUUCAUUGUCUUAUUCAAAGAGAAUAUUUUGUAAACAAGCUACAAACUUAAGUAUAUGAUAUUUGACUUGGUUUUUUGAUUGCAUUGAUGAUGAUGUUAAACAUUACACAUGAUUAAACAUGGAAUAGCUGGCUAUAUAAUUGAGGAUUUCUAUUAAUAAAUCUUAGAGUUUGAAUUUUUUACAGAUAAUUGUUGUCUCUUGAACAAUAUUCUGGUUCAAAUGUGUUACAAUUACUUAAUUUGUAUGAUGUUCUGGGCAUUAAACAUGAUAUCUUCAUUUAUAUAAAAAAAAAAAUUUAAAAGUUAAUAGUUGAUAUUACAUUUCAAUCAAUUCAUCUGACUAAGCAGAGCUAAUGUAAUAAGUUUAUUUUCAAGGUGUAUCAUCAAUCCAUCAGAUUUCCAUGAAAAUCUAAAUUUUAAGCUCUGCCAGAUGAAAAUGAUCAAAAUGUACUAAAAACAGUUACAUUGUAAAUUCUAGUUGUCAUUUAAGUGAAACAAUUCAAGAAGAUUGGUUAUUGACCUCAUAUAAAUGAAUUUUGUACAUGUUUUAGUGGUUAAUAUUCCCUGGACUAAUUUAUUGUUCUCAGAAACUUAGAUAAUAAAGCAUACUUUGUUUCUAGUGACUCACUUUUGUCUUCCAUUUCUGUAACACAGAUUUAUAAUAUGACCAUCAAAAAUUUGCCAGUCUUACAGAAUUAAAAAAACAGUCAUUAAAGGUACUCAUCAAUAGUACCUGGUAAAGUAUACAAUGUACAUAGCUUUAAGUUAGAAAUAUAUUAGAUUUUUGAAAAAAAUGCUUCUUUUGAACCUCAAUCACAUGUACAGUACAUCAAUCACAGGGUAGUAAAUGCUUUUUUUUACUGCUAUCUUUCGUUUAGCAUGAAUUUGGUGUAACAUCUCUGAGACUAGUUUUGUGUUGUAACCUAUUUUUUGGGGGGAGUUCGUACAAAGUUUGUUUGCAGCCACCUCAGAAAAUUUUGUCUUAAUAAGUUUAAAGAUACCAUUUCCUCAUCUUCUGAAGUUGAAACAUGCUUCAAGGAUGAGUGCAUGUGGGUUUUUUUUUCGUUUUCCAUGAACAUCAAUAAAUAUUGAAUAAAUAGUGCAAUGCAACUCCACUAAAUCUUAAAUAUUUAAAGAUAGUUUUUGGUAUAAAAAGCAGAAAGUUGUGGUUCUAAGAUUUUGACUGCCAAAAUUUUGCAAAGGACAUACACAAUUUUUGUAUUUUGAUGUGGAAAUGAUAGUGAGAACCAGCAGAUUCAAGGACCAUCAGUUAAAAUAUAUUUUCGAGAACUCUGAUAAAAAGAUGAGUUUAAGAUGUUUAUAUAUUAUGAAAGAAUUGUCAAAUAUUGUGUGUAUCAUACAUACUUUGAUGGCAUUGGUCUUAAAAUGGUAAAUAAAAGGACAUAACUUUAAUCCAGUAGUUAUUGCAACAGCAAAAAAUCAUGAAACAUUUCCAAUUUGAAUAGAUUGUAACCCUUUGUCGGUAAAGAUCACAAUGUUGAGGCUGUAUAAUUAGUUUAUUUAGAUAUGUAUUAUAACAUAUCUGUUAGAGUGGCAAAUUCCUUUGUUUUGAAUUUGAGAAAAAUUAUUGAUAGUUUGCUGUAUCCCAAAACACAUAUUAUAUUUUGUAUACAUGUAAAAUUACCAGGAUAAUGUUUGUUAAAUGUAACUUGUACCCCAUUUCAGUAUGACUUGUAUUCUGAAUUAUGUUGAAAAUUAGAUUUAAAAUGAAUUUGAACUGUUUUAACAUGUUCCAUACUUGAAUAAAAUGCUUUUAACAUAAAGAGAA